GAGAGAGAGAACUCUGGCAGUCUCUCAGAUCUUGGCUGUGGUGAGGACACCCAGUUGGAAGUGCAUUCCUGAGGCAGCCGGCGACGAAAAAGCAGCAGAAUAGCAGCGGAGGAGAAGUCGCGACAUCCUUUAAAUGUCCUGCUGACCACGUCUGCCUGCCUCUGACCUCCGCUGGACUCGCACGCUCCUCACACACACACACACACACACACACACACACACACACACACACACACACACACACACACACACACACACACACACACACACACACACACACACACAUUCACUCUCGCUCGCUGCCUCUACACACCAACCACACAACCAACCGGCUCCGCUGCACCGUCAGAAGUCGAGGAUUUCCCCCAAGUGAGGCAGAAGGGAAAGAGAGAGGAAAUUUAAAUCAUUAAACAGAAGCAAAGGAUCGCCUCCAUCGAGCCAGUGCCAUGCAGCGGUAAGCUGAGUCAAGCCAAGCUGAAGUGAUCUGUUCUGAAGCCCAUCUUACCCCUCACCCUGCCCUCCUCGAUCCCAGAUGGAGCUCAAAGUGUGGGUGGAUGGAGUGGUGCGGGUGGUAUGCGGCCUGUCUGAGGAGACUUCCUGCCAGGAUGUGGUCAUUGCUCUGGCACAGGCCAUCGGUCAGACAGGCCGGUAUGUUCUCAUCCAGCGUCUGAGGGACACAGAAAGGCAGCUGCUGGCCACGGAGAGGCCUCUGGAGUCUCUAGCGAAGUUAGGCCAACGUGGCAGUGAAGUUCAGUUCUUCCUGCGCCGCACCGGCCCCAGCAGCAGUGAUGGGCCUUGCUCAAAACAAGAAAGAUCUACUCCCCUUCCUCUGCCCAAGCAUCCUGAGCCUGAGCCUUCAAACCGUAGCCAGCCUAAGAAAGCCCUGACUUUUAACUUGGGACCUUCCACCUCCCCUAAAACCAAGGCCAAACAGUUUAAGAGGUCUCCUCGGGGCUCUCCAGAGCAAAGAACCUCUCCCUCAUCUUCUCCCAGCCCUGUAUCCCCUCACAUGCCAUCUCCUUCUCCCUCACCACCUAUAGGCCCUUCCAAAGAGGAGGUCUUUAGGAAAGUUCUUCAGCAACAGGAGAGACUGAGGGCCAUUGAGGCCCAGCUAGAAUCCCUAGAGAGGGAGUCACACACAUGGGAGCGCCCCUACCCAUCUCCCCAUCCCUCACCGGUCCCAGACGGUCACUUGCAAGACGAGCUGGAUGCUUUGGAGCAGGCCAUGCGGAGGAACCAGGCCGAGCUCGCACAUGAGCAGUACUGGGAGGAGCAAUUUCAAGCAGAGGUGGAAAGGGAGCAAGGAAUGAGGAGGAAGCUGGGGGAGCUCCAUGCCAAGUUAGACGACUGUGGACGGCGGCUCCACGAGUUCUCAGUUCGCUCUGCUCAGCUUGAGCAAGAGAUCCAGCGGGAAAGCCAGGCAGAGGGGAAAGCCAAUGGGCCCGAGGAGUCGCUAGAUGCUGUGAAGACGGAGCUGUGGAGCCAGGAGAGGCAUGGGACCGAAAUGGAGGAGCAGCUAACUGAGACUGACAAGGCUCUGGGGAAGGCAGAGUCUCUGCUGCAGGCCAAACAGGAGGAGCUGGAGGAGUUGAAUAAGGAGCUGAGGCAGUGCAACCUGCAGCAAUUUAUUCAGCAGACAGGUGUCCUGCCGGCGCACACACACUCACGCACAGAGCUGCAGGAGCAGCUGGAGCAGCUGGAGCUGGCACAAUUUCUGCAGGAGGGAUAUAGGAACGGAAGUCGCAGUGUAACUCCAGUGGAAUCUCCGCCUCGCCCCACUGCCAAACAGUUCCUGGGACAUCCACGCAACCUGCAAAACCCUCUAGUGUCCAGUCUCAACCCUGAGGGUGUGUAUGUGUGAGGCCCCACUGCUUCUCAAGUCCAUCCUGCCCCUCUCCUGCCCUGCUAUGUCCAAUCCCUGGUCCCAGAGCCCUCCUUUGCCCCCAUAUUUUCUACCCCGGCUUGUUUGGGUUUAAGGCUACAACUACCGGUUUUGGUGCUGGGUAGUGGAAGCAUCUGUAUGGUGGAGGUUCCUUCAACUUUUCAGCAGCUUCCUUGUGCUCAACCAUGAAAGGCCGAUAAACUUUUCUUCUAUACCUAACUGUCAGUGUUCUGCUUAUUUCUGUUCCUUGCUUUUACCAGCUGAUGUAAUCUUCCUUCUUUCAGUUUCUCACUUAUCCCUGUAUGUUUUAGUUUUCUGGAUGUGUUUAUCCUUUCAUGUUCUCUCUGCUCCCCGUCUUCAUCUUCUCUCACUGUUUGCUUCUGGACUAACAGUAGCUGCUUGUGUUACACUUUAAUGCAUCUGGGGAUUUGCUGCUAAUUCCCCCCUCUGUAAUACAGAGUGGCCUUCCCACCCUCAAGUCAGUAAUCGACUACCAACAGCUGCUUUUCACCGUACCUCCGUGUAACAUAUCGAUAGCACUGGGAACUAUUGUGGCAGACAUUCUGAUUGUGUGUUUGCUUUUAUACUGUGACAUGGAAAGAUAUGAGACCAAUGUCAUUUCGGUUUGCCUUUUACGUAUGGAUACUAUUUAUAUGUAGGGGGCGUAUCUAUACAAUGCCUUGUACUUUGGUGAUGCUUGACUUCCAAAGAGCAAGAGCCUUUUACGGAGGGCUCUGCAAAAUGUCUUUGCACUGUCCGAUUCUCUCCCUGUGUGAAACCUUGGUCCUCGUGUGCCUACAGAGAAAUGUAUCUUUCUGUUAGUUUUUGCUCUGCUUGAAGACACUAUAACUUAUUUUGGGAGCUUACGCCUUUCGCAAGUCUAUUUUUGUCAAGCUUCUUGUUAAAAGAAGAGAUACAUUCCAAAUGUAGCGCCACAGGCCCAUGGUUUGUUAAGAUGCUUUUCUGUUCCUCCGCUGGGAUGGAUGCACCUGGUUCUUUUGCUGCCAUCACACCUAAUGUUUGACCUGUCGUAACCUGCACUGUGCCUCAGUGUACUGUAGAUUUAGGUUGAGCUUACUUACCUAAGUCCCAAUAACAAACAUAAGUCAAACAAGGGAAGCUGUUGUUUUCACUACUUUGAUCAUCUCCAUUACUCUUAUCCACAAAUGACCAUCCAAACCGGCUGAAGCCAGUAUUUACUGUAGCGUAGCACUUAACCUUUCAUUAUACCGCUCAUCUCUGCAUUAUACUGACAGGUCAAAGUGACGUGUGUUUGCGUGUGCACUCUCUUUACUGUCUGCAGUGUGCUGUUUUGUUUGUGGGAUUAUUCAAACGCUCCUUAGUUUGGAAACUGAAGACAUCUCAGUGCUUGUUACAGAAACAGCUUGAAACCACUGACUGACUACAAGACUUCAGUCAUAGUCCACAAACUCUGUGGAUAAAGGAAUUAACCCAAUGACUGGUCUUAUGUCCGCCUGUGUUUUUCCACAGGCGUGUGUGAAUUUCUUAGCUCAGCCAGGUCUCUGGUGUUGUGUCUUAGCUGAAAAGUAUUUUUUGUUUCAGAAUACAAAGGGAUCGUCAUCCCCACUUAUUUUUGUGUGUC